AUGGGGACGGGGACGAGGGGACAGAGAUGGAGUGACAGGAACGGGGAUGGGGGACAGGAAUGGGGACGGGGGGACAGGGACGGGGAUGAGGGGACAUGGACGGGGGACGGGGACAGAGGGACGGGGGUACAGGGACGAGGGGACAGGAACGGGGACGGGGACGGGGGUCAGGAACGGGGGGACAGGGACGGGGGAUGGAAACCGGGGGAUGGGGGGACAGGGACGGGGAUGGGGGACAGGAACGGGGACGGGGGGAAAGGGACAGGGAUGGGGGACAGGGACGGGACGGGGGGACAGGGACGGGGGGACAGGAACGGGGAUGGGGGACAGGAACGGGGAUGGGGGACAGGGACGGGGACGGGGGGACAGGGACGGGGGACAGGGACGGGGACGGGGGGACAGGAAUGGGGACGGGGGACAGGGACGGGGGACAGGAACGGGAUGGGGGACAGGAACGGGACGGGGGGACAGGGACGGGACGGGGGACAGGGACGGGGGACGGGGACAGGGGGACGGGGGUACAGGGACGGGGACGAGGGGACAUGGACGGGGACAGGGGGACAGGGGUACAGGGAUGAGGGGACGGGGACGGGGGUUCAGUCUAAUUAG